CACCCUGGUGGUGUGCGAACGGGCGCGGGCCUCAAAGGAAGGAGCACGUGGCUGCGAGCGGGGCAGAGCAGCAUCGCGUCUCCCGGUGUCGUCCUGGUCCUGUCAGAGUCGAGUAGUGGCGUCUGUGCAGUGCUUGUGGUCGCGACCGCGCUAUUCAGUGAACGACGGUGGUGCAAGGGUCUGUUUCUCUGCCAGGCAUCAGUGAGGAAAAGUAGGUGGGAUGUGGUGAAACCAUGCGUGUAGAAGUGCCGGGGAGGCCCUGCAACGACCGUGCAUCGAGGUGAAGGAGAGUUGGGUGGUGCCGCAGAAUAACGCACGUCCGAGGAUUACGCGAGGCUCAAUCUGAAGCUGCUGCUCCGGUUUUGUCCGACGGUCAUCGCGAGAUACAGGUGACGAAAGAAACAAAGCUUCUUCGGGGAUCGUAGAAGUGCUCGAACCACAGGUCGUUGUGUCCCAGGUGCCGGUGCAGUAGUCAGUGGCUAAGACGUGCUCGAUACGCGAUGGGCUGCAAUCUGGGGAAAGGUUCCCAACCAGACGACUCUGACGUGCGCGACAAGUCCAACGCGACGUCGCCUCAGACUCCUCCGCCAGGCAUGCUGGCCGACCGGAUGGCGGACGGCGCCGCUAUGGUCAACAAGGCUUGCAACGACGUGCCACACGUGUACCGAGAAAAAGCUUUGGAGAACCAUCACGAUCACCAAGAUACCGAUUCGGCGGAGGGCGAGCAACAGCCGAACAACCACCGGCCGGGCUCCGAGGAAGACGCGCAGGCGGCUGCCGAGGCGGCCACCAAGAUCCAGGCCACCUUCCGCGCCUACAAGGUGCGCAAGGAGGUGCGCCUCGGAGGAAGCAGCGCCGCGGGAAGCGAGGCGAACCUCUCGCCGUCUCGCACGGACCCAGCCAUGAAGGAGCCCGAAGAAGAAAACCUGGCCGACAUCGACCUGACCGACCCGAGCCUAAACCAGGCGGCCAGCAAGAUCCAGGCCACGUUCCGGGGCCACCGGGUUCGCAAGAGCCCGUUGCACGAACCCAAGAAACACGAGGGCCAACAGCAGGAAGGCGAAUCCAAGGACCAGGAUGACGACGCCGACAAGGAACUGCCCGACGAGCUUAAGGACAUGGACCUGAACGACCCUGAUCUGGCGAAGGCAGCUGUCAAGAUACAGGCCACGUUCCGCGGCUACAAGACGCGCGCUAAGCCAGAAUGACCAACAUCAGGCUGAAGACCAUUGUGAAGCCUUCGAGGAAGCCUGCCCAUACAUGAAUUAUUUGUGACAUAGCAUGCAACUCUACAAUGUUCGACUUCAUCUAACUCCAAUGCACGCAACAAAGGCAGCGUGGAGAAGCUGGCCCCCAAAAGAAGAAAAAUUUCUGCAACCCUGCAUGGUCUGCGUAUCGUACUGCACUUCCCACUUCCUCCAUGACACGCUUCAUAUUUCAAAUUUCGCCGGUGGUUCGGUGACCCUGGUGCAUUCUGAAUAUUAGUUACACUAAAGAAGAAAUUCCAGCCUGGCGCCAGCUUGCAUGUAAACACUUAGCAAAACAAACUUCAUGAUAUAUUCAUUGCACAGGUGGAAUUCCCAUGCCACAUUUCUCUACAGUCGGUUUUUUUGUAUGAGCACGCAUUAAACAACCUCUCGUAGGCGCAUAUGCAUCUGCAACAUUCUAAGGCUCAAGACCACAAUCUAACCUGCGUUUUGGAUGCGAGUUUCACACCUGUGCAAGGUAGAUGAUUUUAAAACUAUUUUAUGCCAUGUCUUUGCCAUCUUUACAAAUGCAGCUCGUCUCAGCACUCCUCUCUGGCUCUGCCGAGUGACAGUCACUGCGUCAUAACAAAGCCAUCAUAAUCAGGUACUUCUAGGAUCUUCUGGAAAGCAGCAGAGUAGAGAAGUGUUUCAAACUCUUCAUCCAGGAAAUUUCUAGAAGCAUCAGUCAAUGGCAUCCAAGAUUUUCAGCGUGCUGGAGCGAAUAAAUGCUUUGUAAACAAUGCCUAAUACAAGGAACAAGCAAUCCUUAAUACAAGUAUGCAAGGUGCUCAACACACAGUUCUUGAAGGGUAUCUCCCCUGCUCCCCCCGCCCCCCCCAAAAUAUCCCAGAGGAAGUGAGGAAAUGACGUCCUAGAUCUGCAGCUCAACGAAGAUAUGUUUCCCAGCAACUCCUGAAAAGCAUAGUGCAUGAUCUCCGGGAUUUUCAGCAUGUGUGUUGGCUGGGAUCUCGGAUGCCAUGGCUAGCAUAGUGGCGUCAGUUGAGGGACAGUGCUGCUUCCAUUCUACGAGGAUUGAGGAGGAGCAUAAAGUCGAGGUGCAUUUGUCAAUAUGGGCGUCUUUAUCCACCGUUCGAAAUGACAGCUUUCAAAAGGCAUAUGCUGCUCUGACAGUGUCUGAUGUGAAGGCUACGACAGCGUACGGAUUCACACAAUGUCAUGGAUGUGAAAAACUGUGGCAUGAGCUCCUCGUAAAUGAACCAUAUCAUACUCGGCUUUCUAGAUGCUAAAUGUGUCCACCUUUGCUACAACUUACUUAGGGGCGCCUCAUCUUCAACCGAAGUCUAUUUACUACAAGGAUGGAACAGUUUGUUACAACACAGUCCACCAAUGCGUUGCACGCUUGUGUUGUUCUCGUAGACAAAACAAAAUAAAAUGCCCAAAGUGGCGUGAAGUAAAAUGAGGGAAUGAGCUAAUUUCAGACAAGCAUGAAAUAUGAAAGUCGUACCACUCAGAGCACAGUAAAGAAAUACAGUAUUACGCCUCUUCUGGCUCAGUACAUUCUUUAUUCUCAAGCAGCAUCUGUCAGCUAUUUUUUUGCUGCAAAUCAUCACAGCAGUGGAAUAGUUAGCCAAAUCAGUUGGCCUUGUUAUUGUUUUUGCUAAAUUUGGGCAGCAUAUGCCAACAGUUUAUGGCAUGACCUAAAUGCAAGGGUACUUUGCUUGGUAGUGAAAUAUAUUAAUGCAGGCAUUCUACGAGGACAUCCACGAGACUUCAAGGCUGAGCUAUCUGCAAAUAAUCAACACUAAGGUCACGUGCAGGACAACUCCUGGAUUGUAACCAAAAGAGGGCUAAGGGGUUGGAGCACGUCCAGAAAUCAUUUUCUGCACUAACUGUUCUGGCUUCAGGGACAUUCGAGUAAGGCUUUCAUAUUAUGAUCUAAAUCCUAUAGCUGUCAACAUUGUCCCUAAUCUACACUUUAAAUCCUUAAAAGGGCCCUGAAACACUUUUUGAAUAUAGUAAGAAAACAUUGCUGAUCUGUCAUAAAGGCUGCUACGAACGUGUGAGCCAAAUGUUAUUGCACUGCUUGCAGCAGGAAAUUCAGUCUCGUGCCAAAAACGCCGAAAAAUCACUUGCUCUCACUUCCACAUUGUUGUCAUGUGCUGUCAUUGAAAGCAGCUGGUAGACCAAUGCUAUUGGUUGAUUUCCUGAUCGGAUUGCAAGAACAUUCUCAGAAUCACAUAAUUGCUAGUUUUGAGUUAAAUGAAUUAAACAUAUGUCUGCAAUAUGAAAAACACAGAAAAAUUAUUCCAUCCUUGCCCUGCCAGCUGCACCUGCUGCGUAGCUUAGUCUACCGUGGCAGCCUAGGGGUGCGGAGAUGAGCCCUUCCACCGUAUUUCGCUGUAGGGUGCCUGAAUGCUUUCCUCCUGGCCCCUGCGAGAACCCUCUUGGCUUCUCCCCUGUAGAGCUUCCAUUGCGUAAGCGGAGACGAAAAGAGAGAGAAAGCCAUGUACUGGUGCAAUAACUCCACUAAUACUCGAAGGAUUUGAAAAACUUUUGUGGCAUGAGGUUCAUGACGCAACAUACUUUAAUACUGAGGUCAUUCUAUGAAUAGGUAAAGAAGUGUUUCAGGGCUUAUUUAAAUCCAUAUAGGACAACCUUCUAGCACCCCUGUAUGCAUCAAGCCUAAAAAAAAAAAUUCUGUCCACAGCCCCCAGCAUGCCUUUAACUGUGGCCUCCAAAGACAGAUGACCCCAACUUAUAUGCUGCAUGUUUCCUGCACAUGUUUAAGCCACUCAAUUCAAAUGCAGUUUCUGGUUACUUAACACGCACAUUAGCAUAUGUGCAUAUAAUUUGGCUCCUGUCGAUAAAAGCAAAUUAAACAUACAAUAAAUUAACAAGUUUAUGAAGCAAUUAUUCAAACUGUGACUCAAUAUUUAAACAUAAUUUUCACAGACCACGUAAACAGCUAAAGGCAAAUCAAUUACAAAAAGCUGAUUUCCAGCUUCCAGCAGAACUUCCAUUACUCUUAUCAGCACGAACCCAAUUUACUCUGCAUUUCACUGUUGAAACAGGCUAUGUAUAUGCAUAAUAGUUUGUGUAACAGUAUCACAGUUUUGUCCUGGCUCAUUUUAUGUUCAAUUUCAUAUAGUCCCAAACCACAAAAACAUAACAAAAGCACAAAAGUUGACAUGAAUUGGCUAUAAAAUAUCUCAAGCCAAAUACAGACUAUUUUUCCUGCAAUGUCAACCUUUCCCUCUUGGACAAAUCAGAUACAUCACAACAGAUUGCAAAGAAAUGACUAUGUUAGCACAUACAAUGCAAGUACUUAAUCAUAACCAACCUAAGAACCUGUACUUUACUCUACAACCUUACUGACUUUGCCUUUUGCAAAGCAGCUGGCGACUUGGCUUUAGUGUUCCUUGUAAAGCUUGCAUGCACUUGUUGAAACAUGCUUGAAAACAUUGCUGUGAUGUUAGCAAGUGAAGUCAAAGGGGAGUGCACUAGCUAAAUGGGUGGGCGGGCAGAUGUUGUUGACUGAAUGGUUGGUUGUAGCCUUCGUAGGAAUGCAGGCCCCACUCUGCCUUUGCACUAGUGUUUUUUUUUUUUUUCUUCUUGGACGCCUCACAUUCACAUUCCCAUCCAUUGGCUCAGUGUUCGGAAAGAACCUCAACACCUGAGGUGACAUGUUACAGGGAGUACGAACAUUUGAAUGUGUGUGUGGCAACAAUGAUGAUAUAUGUGCUAAGUAUGAUAAAAAGAAGAAUGUCUUCAUUCUUUAAUAAAAGUAUUAUUAUCAACA